UGUCACAAGGGCUCUAACAGCUGGGUUCGGGCUGCAACACCAAGCCCCAGACUCUGCUUUGGCGUGGAUAGGAAAGGGCUAAAUUUUGCUGCUAAACAGCUCCGGGUUGCAGGGCUAAUCAUUCAGCUUCAGCCCUUCCCCCCUGCAAACUUUGGGCUGUUGUGACGGAAGCAGGAAGCAAUUGCGUAGGAUACAACUCCCCCCACCUCCUCUCCCCCUCCGACUUCGCAGGCAAUCUUCCGCAGGGAACUGUUUUGGGGACUUUGCCACCCUUCUUAGUGACCGAGGGUAUUUCAGCAACUAAGUUCUUCCUGCCCCAGGCUGCGCGCAGCAUCAGGCUUUCCCUGGAAUCCUUGGGCAAAGAGCUACAGAGUUCCAGAGAGUUCCAUUAAGCAUUGCUUCUGAAGCAAUAAGAAAAUCAGAGAGCUCAUCAUCUUUGAAUUUUGAAAGCUGAGCCUUAGUUAAAAUCAUAAAUGUCCUUCAGAAUAAAGUUGGGGCUGACUUAUGCUUUUGUAAUGAUUUGUACUUUGAUGCCAAUGCAAUCGAUCAGUCUGAGUUGCCAUACCAAGAGCCUAGAAGAUGUUGUGAUUGACAUCCAGUCAUCUCUUGCUAAUGGAAUCAGAGGCAUUGAGCCCAUACAUACAGAAACUCAAGAAGAUUGCAUUAAUUUUGGCUGUUUGACCAAAAACAUAACAGGGAACAAAGAGUGUAAUUUGAUCAUCUUUGACACGCGAAAGGCAACUAAACAACCAAAUUGCUACUUGUUUUAUUGCCCCAGUGAAGAAGCUUGUCCGUUGAAACCAGCAAAGGGAGUUAUGACUUAUAGGAUAGUGAAAGAUUUUUCUCCUUUGCGCAAAGCUGAUUUACCACAUCCAGAUGCAACCCCAAAAAGUUAUUACUUGACUGGAAAAUCUUCACAAGAAGUCAUGGAUCCUGCACAGCUGACAAAUCAACUGACCCAUACUAAUAUUUUGCCAGAAGCUACAGUUUCUCAGAAGCUUGACUUCCAGGAUAACUUGGGGAAGGCAGUAAAUAAGAGUGAUGAACUGAGUUCACAGCUUCCUGUAUCCAAAAAUAAAGGGCAUCUUCAGAGCUCAGAGCUUUCCUUGAAACAAAAAGUAGCUAAUGUAUUAUCUGAAAAUGUAAUUGUAUUUCCAUCUAAGGCAGCUGCUACAUCUCAGUCCAUUGUCUCCACUACUCCAGUACCUGCUACUUUGCAAUCUACUAUCCCUCCUCUGAUGCCUUCUACAAUUUCCCAGAAAUUAGAUGUUCCUUUGAAAGUUACCACUGAGCCUCAUCCUACAGUCUUCACUACUCUUCAUCCUGUUUCUACUACUACUGCUACUCCCCCACAGCCCCCCACUCCCACAAUUUCUACAGCUUUUACAGCCACUAUAAGCCAGCCUACUGUAACAACAAAAACAGCUUCAACUACAAUGCCCAGUGCAGCGGCAAGCAUGAAAGUCAUUUUAGAAACAGUGCAGUUUAAAAAAACCACCAAUUAUUCAAUUUCUAACAAAGAUGAUUUUAAGUACUCUUUGACAUUUCCAUCAUCAAGUGUUGAUUCCUUUGCUGUAAAUAAAACUCUUUCCCCUGAAAAUGGGAGGCUUGGUUUGGACAACCCCCAACUCGAUAAUGUUCCAAGAAACAGAUUUCAUCUUCAGUUUGAAAAGUGGACACUCGUAGGCACAUUGUUCUGUGGACUGUUGUUUUUAGUAAUAGGUCUCAUACUAUUAGGCAGAAAGCUAUCAGAAUCCCUUCAGAGAAAAAAGUAUUCCAGACUAGAUUAUUUGAUCAAUGGAAUCUAUGUUGAUAUUUAAAGAGGAAAAAAGUGCCUUUGAUUCUUAGCCAAGCAACUAGAAAACCCAAAUUAUUCCUUAUCUGUUAGCUUCCAGAAGAUUAUAUUUUAGAGACUAGCCCUUGCUAGUGUCAUUUAAAAAAAAAACAGAAACUGAUUACAUUUUAGAAACUAGCCCUUGCCAGUGUCAUUAAGAAGAAAGAACAGAACUGAACCAGUUAACUUCAGAAAUUUGAUUAAAAUAUUGAGUAUACUAAAGUGCUACCAAAAUACCACAGAACAAUUAGUACAUUAAAAAACAACAACUCAGUUAUAGAAGAAAAAAUGUUGUGACUUUGGGAUCCUAAUAAAAUGAUAUUUCUGAUUCCAGAUAAGAUCAACUUUGUCAUGAAAGUUCUUUGAAUAUAAUUAUAUUUUUUGUAUUAGCCUUUAAACACUAUAUAAAAAAUUUGAACAUUUUACCACUUAAAUUUGUUUCUAAUCAAGAAUUAAAUAAAUCUGUUGACCCUGAGAAGUAUAUCAUCAUGUUCAGUUCUAUAUUUUUAAAAUUAUCCCUAUCAGCCAAGUUAUUAAUUGAUUAAAAUUUGUAUCAUGUUUUAAUGACAAAUAUACCUAAUUGUACAUUGUGAUAUAUUCUUAAGAGGUCAUUUUGCAGGCUAGCUCAGCUUCAUUACUUGCCAAAAGAGCUUUUGGGGCCAUUUUAAUGUAUGGCAGUCAAGGGGCUACAUAAAUUACUUCUAUCUUAUUUGAGUUGUGUUUCAUUGGGAAAAUAAAAAGUUUUCCAAAUUUAUAUAUGGACUAACAUUAUUAACUUUGAUGUUUAUGAAAUUUUAAUGUAAACUUCACCAGUUGUAGGCUUAAAUAUGGAAGCAAUUUUAUAAAUCUGGUCCAAACCCCUAAAUUUAUAAGUGAGAAAAAAGCAGGCCUAGAGAAGUUAAUUGAAUUGUCCAAAGUAAUAUAGCCAGUAAGUGGAAAAGUUGGAAUUAAAAUAGAGAUCUGCCUCCAUAUCCAUUUCUCCUUCAACUAUACCAUGCUGCCUCUCAAUUCAAACUUCUGGAGAACUAUGUGUCAACAGUUAAUUGGGUGAUCUUAGAGAGAUGGCUUCAUUUCUCUGGGUCUCAUUUGUAGGAUGAGGCAGUUUGACUAUACUAGGGAUUUCAAAUCCAAGAUGGUAAUCCUAAAUUUAUAUCAUAUGGCUUUUUAUUCAAAAGAAAUUUGAUCAACAAAAUUUUGUUGAGAAAAGCAAAGAUUUAGAUAGAAAGAGUUAAAAUACAUUAGAGAAACUUGAAGCAAAUAUGCAAUUUGGAUUUGAGACUUUUAGACUUAGAUAACUUCCAAAUUCCUUUCUAGGUCUUCUUCUACAUUAGAAAUAAUGUUCAGGGCUUUAAAAAAAAAACAACCCUGAUUCUUAAUUUGUUGGCAAUGCUUUGAUUCCUCGGAAUACAAUAGUGCACAUUGCUAUUUACAUAAAAUGCUUUAUCAAGAAAAAUUUGCCAUGUAUUUUAGUUAAUUGUCUUGCCUGUUUUUUUUAAAUCUGUAAAUAUAUAUUUAAACUUUCAAGCAUGAACACUAGAGGACAGUAGUAUAAUAAGUACAGUUAAGAGCACAAGGAGGAAACCACUCAAAUGAAACCUAUUCCUUUUCUUCUCUAUAUGGAGCGCCUAUUGGAAGGGAAACUUGUUUACAGCUAAGACCCAAUUAGUGUGAAUAAUGAAUCCCGUGGUCACAUUAUUUGCAUUCAUACUGUAUUUCAAACAAAACUUUUAAACUAUUUUUCAGCUGAAUGGCUUGAUACAGAUAUUCACUGGCUUUUUGUAAACUUAAAGCAAUUUCAUGAAAUAAAAAGUUGAAUAAGAACCAAAA